GGAAAUUCUGUAGAAACCAAAAGUUCGAGACGUUCACAAGGCAAAGAUGGCUUGCUUUGACAGUAAUAAGGGGAGUUUGGAGGAGGACAGCUAUGAAGGAGCUGUUGGUAGAGAGCCGUCGGGCUGUGCGUUGGCCAUGCGUGAAAAGGAACGCGAACCCUUUCUCAGCUCCUCAGAGAGCCCUGGCACCUUCAUCAGCAGCACUUCCACUAGUUUACAAGCUUCUCCCGUCCAGGGCUAUGACGUGGAGUUUGACCCACCCCUAGAGAGUAAAUAUGAGUGCCCUAUCUGCCUCAUGGCUUUGAGGAAUGCCAUUCAGACACCCUGUGGUCACCGUUUCUGCAAGAACUGCAUCGAGAAGUCCAUUCGUGAUACAGGACAGAGGUGCCCUGUGGACAAUGAAGUGCUGUCAGAAGACCAGCUGUUUCCUGAUAAUUUUGCCAAACGUGAGAUUCUAUCGCUAACUGUUCGCUGUUCAAACUCUGGCUGUGAUGAGAAAAUGGAGCUCCGUCAUUUAGAGAAUCAUUUGGCAAGUUGUCAGUUUGCCACUGUGCUUUGUCCACAAUGCCAACAGUCUGUGAGAAAGAGCCACUUAGAGGAGCACAUAACUGCUGAGUGCCAAAGGAGACCUGUGUCGUGUCCAGAUUGUGUGGCAAGCUUUGUUUAUGAGGAGAGAGAGCUCCAUGAACAGCAGUGUCCCUUUGCCAGCGUGACGUGCCAGUACUGUGAGUUGGAUCUCAUCAGAGACCAGAUGGAAUCUCAUUGUGAUACAGAUUGCCCAAAAGCACCCAUCGCCUGUAACUUUAGCAUCUUUGGAUGUAAGGAAAGGAUGCCGCGCCACAACCUGGCUCAGCACAUGCAGGAGUUCACACAGAUGCAUAUGCGCUACAUGGCAGAGUUCCUGCGUGGCCUUAGCCUCAAUGGCACCACACCCAAAUCCUUGUGGACGCUAGGACCUUCUGUUUCCCUUGAGGAUCAAGGAGCUGCAGCAUCAGGAUCAGCCUGUAGUGGACCCAGAGGAGCUGCGAGCUGCAGCAGCAACUGUGCCCCAUGUCAGCCUAAUGAGGAGAUGCAGAGGCUCAGGGAGAUGGACGGACGAUUGGUAAAGCAGGAUCACCAGCUGCGUGAGCUCAUCAUCUUAAAGGAAACACAGGCUGGCCAGCUUGCAGAGCUCAGGCAGAGAGUGUCAGUACUGGAGGAGACAGUGAAGGAGCUGGAGUCACAGCAGUGUCACGGUAUCUUCAUCUGGCGCCUCAAAGGUUUCUCUCUCCACCUCCGGAACCAAGAAGCAGGCCUGCCGGUGGUGGAGCACAGCCCUGGUUUCUACACAGGACGUCCAGGCUACAAGCUCUGCCUGCGCUUACACCUGCAGGCCCCCAAUGCCCCACGUUGCUCCAACUAUAUUUCCCUCUUUGUCCACACCAUGCAAGGGGCUUUUGAUGGGCAGCUGACCUGGCCGUUCCAGGGCACCAUCCGCCUUGCCAUCAUAGACCAGGGCCCUGAGGGUCAGCACCAUGUGGAGGUGAUGGAGACUAAACCAGACCUGCAGACCUUCCAGAAGCCCACCAACCACCGCAACCCCAAAGGAUUUGGCUACGUCACCUUUCUGCACCUGCAUCAGCUGAGUCAGAGAGCCUUUGUCAAAGAUGAUACUCUACUUAUCCGCUGUGAGGUGACACCGCGUUGUGACAAUAUGCUUCACCGUGAGGGACCAACAGUGCAGCCUAGAGGACCUGAGGCCUCAGUUUCAAGGGACUGAAUUCAAACUCAUAUCUACUGGAUCAUCAUUGUCAUCAGUCCAAGAUGACAGUGCAGUACAUACAGUACAGUUCAUUUUAAUUGGACAUCAGGAGGAGGAAAAUUGAUGUUCCCAGGUAAAAUUUGGACACUGCAAGUAAAGCAGUAUUUAUUUGUUUCCCAACUUGUCACUUUUGUUUGAAUAAAUAUACACAGUACAACCCUUUUUAAUUAAUUUUGGAAUGUAUGUACUCAUGCACCGUACCCACAUGCAGUAAGCCUCAUAAGUUCAAAAUGUUUAAAUAAUCAAUCAUAUUUAAUCAGCUCGUUAUCGGCACUUUCUGAUGUGCACUUGCUGCCUGCAGACUAAACAUUACUAUGAGACUUGAGAGACGAGUCUUGGUCUGGUUGUUGGAGACGGCGCUGAAUGUUAAAGAUACCCUGUGGAGUUUUUGACCACUAGUGGAACUAUGUAGCAAUAUUUGUUGAUGGGCAAAUCCCCGUUGUCAUUUUUACUUAAUCCUUGCCUAGCAUGCAUGUGGGUCAAAUGAUACACAUUCUCAAGGACUGCGAAGGGUAGUAACAAAUGUGAGUAGAGCAUACGAAUAAGAAAAAGACAAACAGGUGAAACUAAGCCAUGUUCAGUGAUGCAGUUUUGUCGUAAAUUCCACAGCUUAUGGUCCACGCUCGGAAAUUACUCUUCUUCACAUUUGGAGGUCUUAGUCCAACUAGAAUAAAACUGGAGGGGCUCUAACAGUAUACUGUUUUCCUGACAUUCGUGUGUGCAGAGAGUCAGCCAGACAAUUAUAAUGUGCAAGUGUAAAGAAUCCAAUAACAGGCAACCUGAAGAACUUUUUUCUGUGUAUGCACUGAAGGUGAGCAACUUUCAUUGGAUGGACUAGAGGGCUAUCUUGGAAACGUUAUCCAUUUCUUAUCACGUCAGUAUCACGUCAACUGGAAAAAGGUGAAGCAGCAGUCAGAGCAAAGAAACAAGUCUGGCCAUGUCCAUCAAACAAAAAGACCAAAUGACUUCCCUUGAUCUCACGGUAGUCGCAGGAUAUCUGGUGGUGGUAACAUGGCGAGCAAAUUCCAGCAAAAGAUGAAGAAGGCUACUUGCUGAUAUAUUUCUGAAUCUUGUUUCAAAAUAUGCAGAAGUCUCCUUUGCAAAUGAGGCAGGAAAUGCAUUCAACACAUCUGUACAACCUCAAGGACACACACAGUUUAUUCUGACUGUAAACAUAACUGUGUUUACACCAAAAACUCCACAGGGUACCUUUUAAGUAAAGUCACAGUAAGGCAAAGGAAUAGCAAAACUUACACUCAUGCCUUUUCCAGACUCAUCCAUUACUUCUGAUUGUAUUGUUCCUUGAGCAUCGCUGUAACAUAAUCACCACCCUUUUCAACUUGGAGGAUUUUCUGUUUACCUGGUUUCAUCACCGCUGUUACACCCACAUUACAGAUGUACAGAUUUGUCACUACACUGCUCAUUUUGCUUGUGAUAGAAUUUAUGGUGAGUUUCACACAAGUUCCUACCUAAUGUGACCUAGAAAUCAUCAUGGGUCAGUGUCUUCAGCCUUUACAUGAUGUAAUUAAUGUAUUUUAUUUUUUGUUUUAGUCUUGUUUCUCCACCUGUAACAUUGAAUCGUGAGGAUGUCAUUUAAAGUGAGUUGACUGUGUGAACAGUGGUCGAUGCUGUUUGCCAUGAAUUUUAUAUUGAAUUCAUAUGUCAUAUGAUCCAAUACUGAUGAAAAUAGCCUUGAAUGAAAGCUAAGCUCAUUUAAACUUACAGCCACUGUAGUGUCUAACAUAUGCUGUAAUGUAUUGACUGACUUGGAACAUACAUUAAAAAAAACA